ACGUCCAGCGGGGGCAGGAUGCAAUCCGCCUCCACUCAAGCCACCCCCUUCCAUUCCUCUCUCUGGUUUCAUGCAUGCUUUUUUAGGUUGCUAAGCUGCCAGACCCAAAGCCGUUGAUUAUCAAAGGGGAAUCUAGGAUUGUUGGGUGAUGGGGAAGGAUGCUAAGUCAAAAGAGUCAGGAGGGAAAGGCAAGGGAAAGCAGUCCAGUGGUGGAGGCGACGAGAGUGCUUCCAAGGGUAAAGGGAAAGGUGGAAAGUCAGCAGAUGGGCUCGGAACUUGCACUUAUGUUAAAGCGAGACAUAUCUUGUGUGAGAAGCAGGGGAAGAUCAAUGAAGCAUACAAGAAGCUGCAAGAUGGCUGGCUAAGCAAUGGAGACAAGGUUCCUCCUGCUGAGUUUGCAAAGGUAGCUGCAGAGUAUUCAGAGUGUCCAUCAGGGAAGAAAGGUGGAGACCUGGGAUGGUUUCCACGAGGAAAGAUGGCAGGUCCAUUUCAAGAUGUUGCUUUCAGCACACCCAUUGGAGCUACUAGUGCACCAUUCAAGUCAACGCAUGGUUACCACAUAAUCUUAUCUGAGGGGAGGAAAAACUGAUGGUACCUGUGAUCGCAAUCGGACGUGAUGAGAACGAGCAUCUAAAAUUUCAUAUUUACGAAUUGUUGAACGAAACAUUGGGUGAAAGAGAGAGAACUCCAAACUUUUCUAGUUUUGUUUAUCAGACUAUUUCCCAUCAGCAGUCAUAAUGUCUGAAAUUUGAGUAUCA